AGACCUACAUAACUGGGGUACAAAACAGCAUUCAUUCAAAGAACAUUAUCAGCAUCACAAUGAAAGAUUUUGUCCUGUCAUUGCUGAGUCGCGGGUACGGCCAAAUUGUGCCCGAUGGUAAUGAUGGAAGACUGGAGGUCUGUUUCGAACCUGAGGACUACUUCAACUGGAAAUCUCAGCCUUCCUUGCUGCGUCUUACGAGCAGUGGCCGUUUUUUUGGAGGCCUAGAGCCGGCACCACCUAAGACCUACAGUACAAGGAGAGGGCCUCUUAUUCUGUAUUCAGAAGAUCUUGCACUGGCAUACCACUCUGGCCAGGUUAACAGGAAGAGAAAGGCUCCUAGCUACCCGAAACAGGAAGUUGAGAAGCAGCUGCACACACUGCAAGACCUGACUGAAGCAAUUUUGGCUUUUGGAAAAAAUAAGGCAAAAGUUGGAUCUUUUGCUGGUGUAACGCACGGCUUAUUGCCAGAUACUAAACAUUUUACACAGAAUAUCCAGAGAAGAACAGAAGAGAAUUAUAAUCUAAACCAGGUUAAAGGAGAAAAAGCUGGACAGGUCAGAUACCAACCACAUUUCCUCUGUUCCCCUCGACCCAAAAGGGCCACCCUUGGCCCUCUGCCGCCCAUAACAGAAGGUUUGGUACAUGUACAAAUUCAUGAGGAAACUCACGCUGCACCAGAUGAACAAAUGACCUUUAAGACUAAAGUACAGAAAGAUGAACUGAGAGAGAAGCCGAAAGAGAGAAAAGAACAGGAUAGGAGUCUCAGGAUAGCGGUUGACUCAUGGAGAGCUCAGAUGAGUCCGAUCCCUGAGACAGAACCGGCACAUCAGACUGAAGAUAAAACAAUACUCCCACAUCUUAACGACCAUCUGAAGGAUCUAAAUGGCCGUGGGAAGCACACUCGGAUGCAGAGUGUAAAUGGUGUUGCAGAGACGGGCCCUCUAAGGUCAGUGUAUGUGGAUUCGUCUUUGGAAUACAGCCCACUCUCACGGGUCAACUACUACGGUGGACACAUGGAGGGAUCCCGCCAGAUUAGACAUUGUGGGGGUGAAACGCACGAGAGGAGAGUGAAAAGAGAAACAGAUCCCAGCUUCACUGUCUUCCACUUACCAGCUAUCAACCAGAGCCCGCUGGUCAACUCAGACUCUGACAUUACUUCAACAAUGAAUAAACCGGAAAUAACAGAUAAAAAAAGGAGCAGUGAGAAUUUACCUCAACAAGAACUACACACACAUCUCCCUGGCAUCAAAGUGGGAACUACACAUGAAAAGAUCUCAGAGAGCCGUGUGCACAGGAAAGUGCUGCUGCUUUUCCCUGCACAAACAGAACAUACAGACACCCAUCAGCCGGAUGAUGACCUUCAUAGGACCCCUGUUCAGGAGCGUAAGCCAUAUGGUGAUGUGCAUGCAGAGGGGCUCGGACAAAAAAGACAGGACCCUCUCUCUGACAGCAAGUGCAGGAUUACAGAGAUGGACCUCGGGCACAUCAUGUGGUCUGACGAUCUAGAAAAGGGAGAUCAACAUCCCCCCCUUGGUCCAUUGCCACCCCUGGUGGGCCGGAGGGGUCCUGGUAAACAGAGCUCCAUGGCUGUGUACAGACAGAACCUACAUGACCCUGCAGACACAACAGAAGCACAGACAGGAAACACUAGAGGCUGUCUUCCUCCGGAGCUCAGAGAAUGGGAAGGGAGCAAAGCAUUGGGCACCUUAAUAAUGGGUCCUGAUGGUGAAAUCAUUCGCUUGUCUCUCUGGGAUCCCGCAGUUGACACCGAGGACCACCCAAUAAAGGGUGAUGUCACACAAGGUCACGUUCUUAAGGUUGUGACUUCUGAGGGAGAUUUGAAACACCCUUGGACUAUCAUUAUACAGGACCACACCACAGAUGAAGAGGAAGUCACCACUAGUACAUCUGAAGAAACUACUUCUAACAUGGAACAGCUUGACUCUAGUCAUAAGGCUUUUAAGGACAGUCAGAGACUUGCAAAGAAAACGAAUGCUAAGAAGCAGCAGCAGCAUAUUUUAGGUUCCUACAAUAAAACAUUCCAGAAGACACAGGUUUUUAAGGUUCAAACAUGCGCAGAGACUAAUGCAGAGGAGGAAGAGGACGAGGAGGAACAGGAAGAAGAAGAAAACGAAGAAGAAGAAGAAGAAGAAGAAGAAGAAGAGGUGUAUGAGAAUGAGGAUUGUUUAGGCUCUGACAAUAAAGUUAAUAAUGGACAGGGGUUUAGGAGGAAAGGGCACACACGACAGAAUAAUGCAGAAGAUGAUCGGGAUGAUGUAGACUGUCAAAUAACUCAAGAACAGGUGUUUAAGGGCAGAUCACGUGCAAAGCAGAGUACGGCCAGGAGCAAGGAGAAUUAUUUAGAUGCUGCCAGUGAACUAAUCCAGGAGGCAGAGGUGUUUAAGGUCAGAUCACGUGCAAAGCAGAGUAAUGCUACAAGGAAGGAGGAUUGUUUAGACGCUCCCAAAGAAAUAAUUCAGGAGGAAAAAGUCAGAUCCCGUGCAAAGCAGCGAAAUGCCAAGAGAAAGGAUCGUUUAGAUGCCGACAGUGAAAUAAUCCAGGAGACACAGGUAAUCAAGGUCAAAUCACAUGCAAAGCAGACUAACUCCAAGAGGAUGGAGGAUUGUUUCAGCUCUGACGGUGAAACAAUUCAGGAUGCACAGGUCUAUUUACCUGAGGAGAGAUUAGAGGAAAUGAGCAGCUCCACAAAUCAGCAGUUCAACAAAAACGGAGAAGAGGCCACUGGGGUCCCAAAAAAACGAAAAGGAAAGACAACUUUACAGCCGGAAACAGGGGUGACACAGGGGUCAAGGAAGACCAAAGGUGCUGCGCCUGCUAUCAUCCCAAAAUCAACACAUUUCACUCCCAGAUCACAUUCACCGAAGUCUCUGUCUCCUGAAGGACAGACAGAAAUCCAGACAGGAUUAGCAAUGGAAGCAGACAUGGGUCAUUUAAAGAACGCAGGUGGAAGAGAAGACUCACAACACACCCUGGAAAAAGUUAAGAAAAAUAAAAAGCUUGAUAAGCCAACAGUCAAAUCAAAGAGUAAGACCGUUCAAAAUCAUAAAGACAUUGAGACCCACAAUACCAGCAUCCCUGACGAUCCCACUUCUACCUCAAAGAAAAAGAAAAAGAAAAAAGAAAAACAGAAUAUAGAAGAGGUUGAGGAAGAAAAGGAAAAGCCUGACAAAGCCCAGAACUCAAUAGUUAAAGUUAAAAAGAAGAACAAAAAGGAUCAACCAGCAUUUGUUGUUGGAAAACCUCGGCCACAGGAAGCGGAGUGGAUGAAAAAUUCAGUGGAUGAGCCUGAGAGACAGAUGACCCUUCAGAGAGAGGUGACAACUCACGACACAGCGGAUGACCAACAACAAAACACUGAGAACACAGAAGAACAAACCUAUGUUGACUCUAGAGACGACAUGGAUGCUGACACAGACUCAGACACAGAGAGUACAGACACACAUGAAGCACAUGAAGACUCUCCCAGGUCAGUUUACAGCACUAAAAGAUCGCAGAACUCACGUAUUACAGCACGUUCAGAUGCCAGCAUUCACAGACUCUCACAGAACUCCACCGGAACCAGCUCAAGGGGGGUGGCAGCCCACUGCGGCCCGUGCAGCCCAGCACCCCUGUCCCUCAUCCACAUGCCUCCUCAGUCAGUACACCCUCAUUCCUCAGACCCCGCCAAAUCUGAGACAGGCAAUGAUGUUAAAAGCAGUGAGGUGCCAACUAACCAAACAGACAAAAAAGCUGCAGCGCUGGCUGAAAAGGCAGAGCGUCGUCGUCUUGAGGUGGAGAAGAAACGGAGGGAGAGAGAGGAGGAAAAGAAGAGACAGCAAGAAAAAGAAGCGGCAGAAGAAAGGAUGAAGCUGGAACUGGAAGAAGAACAGAGGAUGAGAGCAGAGGAAGCACGGUUACGGAAGAUUAGAGAAGAAGAUGAGAGUCGAAGAAGGCAAGAGGAGGAGAUGGAGAGACAGAGGAGAGAGCAGGCAGAGAAGGACAGAGAAAGAAGACAACAUGAGGAGAAGAAGAGGCUCCUGGAACGGCUCCAGAGAGAAAGACAGGAAAAGGAGAAACGCCAGGCUGCUGAACUGGAACGCCAGCGUUUGGAAGAGGAAGCUCGUAAGGAGGAGGAGCGCAGGAAGCUGUCAGAGAUGGAUGAUGCUGAGAGACUGGAGUACCUGCGAAAACAGCAGGAGGAAGAGGAGGAGAGAAGGAAAGCUGCUGAGGAGAAGAGGAGAAAGGAGGAGGAAGCAGCGAUGCACGCUGAACAGGAGGCCAGACUGCACGCUGAGCUGUUUGCCAGGCAGAGGGCAGCACUGGAGCAGCACUUAAAGUUUCACAGGGGUCUUUUUGUGGAGGCAGAAGGGCUGGAGCAGACGCAGGAUAUUUCCCGUCCCUGGCUUUUCUCCUAUUUUAGCCUGUUGAAGCUGCUUGGCUUGGCUGAGCCCACAUCUGAGGACACACUCAACGAUGUGCAAUGAUUCCUUCUUUUGACCCUCACCACACCAGCGCUUACAGCUUGUAUUUCAGUUCUGUGAACAAUCUGCCACAUGUGGAAAUCUGCUCACAUCAUUUCAGAUGUCAUAUGACUCAUAUCAGCACUUUUGAAUUGCGCCUGCUCAAAUUGGAUUUUUCUUCCUUUCUGACUGAAUAUUUAAGUCCUAGCCCAAUGCAUACCCCUAAACCCAACCCUUCCCAUAAUUAUCCCUAAAAUCAAGGUGAAUACUAUGUAGAAGCACCUAGCGCUGGUUGUAAGCCUAAACUUGACAGAAAAUGAACUUGAACAAACUUGACUGAUUGAUGGGAAUGUUGUUCCAGAAUUAACACAGGUGUUGAUCCAGGAAAAUGUUGCACCUGGUGAAAUCACUCAUAGAAGUUGAGAGAACCACUGGCAUUGAGUGAGCAGCGCCCUCUACUGUUUGUCUUUUUAAUUUGUUCAGGUAUAUUCUCAUAUGUCAUUCACAUUUGGCAAUUGACACUAUAGUAGAAUAAAAGUAUACCUGUU